AUGUCUAUUCCUAUGCAACGUCUGGGCGGUCGCGCCUUUGCCCAUGAUGACGAUAAUAUUGAGCAAGAGUACGACCGAUUGAGAGACCUGGCGCGAGCCGAGGCAGAGAAGCGUAACGACUGCUUUGCUCGCUCACGUCAAGCCUAUGAAGAUGGAGAUGGAGCUGGCGCAAAGGAGCUCUCCAACCAGGGCAAGGCCCACGCCGCGCGCAUGGACGACUACAACCAACAAGCCUCCGAAUUCAUCUUCCGGGAGAACAAUGCCUCUGGACGCGUAGAGGCCGACUCUAUCGAUCUCCACGGCCUCUACGUCGAGGAGGCUGAGAGAAUACUCGAAGAGCGCAUUCGUUCUGACCAGGCCAAUGGCCAGACACAUCUGUACGCCAUCGUCGGCAAGGGACACCACUCUGCCGGUGGUGUCCGGAAGCUCAAGCCCAAGGUCGAAGAGCUGUGCCAGGAGCUCGGGCUGCGGUACCAGACAGACGAGGACAACACCGGAAGGAUAAUCAUCAACCUCCAGGGAGGAGAGCCUGCUCCACCCUCGCACUCUGGAGGUCAUGGCGGUUACCCUGGUGGACAGCAGCACCACGGUGGACAACAGCAUCACCAGCCAGAGGAGCAGAACGACGAUCUUGUUACAGUCAUUUUCAAGAAGCUGGAGAAGAUGUGCUGUACCGUCAUGUAA